AUGACACUUCGUGGCCCGACUAAAUCCUCCACUAUCAUAUCGAUGACGCCGCUCAACCUUGGAGUUGAGCUGAUGAGCAAGCCGGAGAAUGUAUAUUUGGUUGGAGUCAUCCCAGGACCGAAAGAGCCCUCUCUGACACAGCUCAAUAACUAUAUACGUCCCGUCAUCAACAUCUUACGGAAAUCCUGUCCGCGUUUUCGGGAGUCAGACGAUCCUGAGGCUUAUCAGCGCUCAGCACUCAGUCCGGACCUGGGUAGGAUAGCUCGAAGUGCUCUUGCUGUUGUUGUCAAUGACUUGCCCGGAGCCCGUCGACUCGCGCAGAUGGCAGGCCCCACCAGUAAAUUCCUUUGUACCAUGUGUGAUUUGUUCGGGAUUGAUCAUUUACAUGACACAAACUAUCACUCUUGGAGGAGGCUCAACAACGCCUUGGUAAAGCGCUGGGCUGAAGAGUGGAGGGAUGCAUCUUCUGUCAAGGAUCAGCGGACCCGGUUCGACAACCACGGUGUCCGGUGGUCAGAGUUAUGGAGGCUGCCUUACUGGGAUGUUACAAGGCAAUUGGCACCCGAACCGAUGCACGCCUUGUUCCUAAAUGUAGCAGAACAUCUGGUUCGU